AUCUGUGUUCCUAAGACAACUGAUGGUUUUAAGAUAUGGGAACCACUACAGCAGAAUAUGUUGGGCUGAAUUUGCUCACACAUGGAAUUGAGGUUGGACUUAAUGGGUUUUCAUGCCCCUACCAUGUCCUGGCCGGUGGCAGGGACUCUCAUGGUUGAGCCCACUGAGUCAGAAGACAAGGCAGAGCUGGAUAGAUUCUGUGAUGCCAUGAUCAGCAUUCGGCAGGAAAUUGCUGACAUCGAGGAGGGCCGCAUUGACCCCAGGGUCAAUCCACUGAAGAUGUCUCCACAUUCCCUGACCUGUGUCACAUCCUCCCACUGGGAUCGGCCUUAUUCCAGAGAGGUGGCAGCUUUCCCACUUCCCUUUGUGAAACCAGAGAACAAAUUCUGGCCAACCAUUGCCCGGAUUGAUGACAUCUAUGGAGACCAGCACCUGGUUUGUACCUGCCCACCCAUGGAAGUUUAUGAGUCCCCAUUUUCUGAACAGAAGAGGGCCUCUUCUUAGUCCUGUCUCCCUAAGUUCAAGCGACUGACUUGAUGUCUUUCUCUGGAGCAUUUGAUGAGCAAGAACUAUAUAAUUUCCCAUCCCAGACUCAACUUGGGGUUUUAUAUACCGUGUAUAUUUUUGUAAUCUCUGUCAAGGUAAAUGUAAAUACUAUUAGCAUAGUGAGUGGAAACUCGUUGGAAGACCAACAUGCCUCAGUGCCUGCUUCCACAUGUAGCAGUUGAUGUUCCAGUUGCCUGGAUUAGGAACCACUUAGUUUUUUUUCAUAGAAAAUUUUGGGUGUGCUAGGAACUUUAACUUUCAAUGUAGGAAGUUCAGAGACAUUAUAGAGGUUAUAUUGUAGACUCCGAUAGAUUCUUGGUCCAAAUAAGUCCUUGUGGACUGUGCUAUCUGUGAGGAAUCCCAGGGCAAAUGUUUACAUUUUCUAUACAUUGAAGAAAAUUUUUCUCUAAUUUGCCUAAUCUGUAAUAGCAUUUCUGAAUGUUUUCCCUUUCCCAUGUGUGUGGUUUCCUUUUAUCUGCAAUUAUUAGUAUUCUAAUAAAAGCAUUUCAAUUUGAA